AUGCCCACCCCGGCCGGAAGACCCCGGGGCGGCACAGGGGCACGGACCUCUCUCUGGGUGCCACCCCGGCCAGCAGCCGCGCCGCGGGUACCAGGAGGGGCGGAGAUCGCGCUGUCCUGUGCCCCGGUGCCUGAAACCCCCCACCGUUUCCUAGGCACGGCUCCCGGGAGGAACUGUCCCCAGUCUGCGGCCCGGAGACCCCAGGGACAGGAGACCCCUGCAGCGCAGAGCCCUCGCUGCCAAGGACCGCGCUUCGAAAUCCCAAGGCUCACCUCCGGCUCCAGAGAUGCGCGCAGCGGAACAGCGAUGCUGGACCUCGCGGAACUCAGCGUUCCCGAAUCCCACGCAGCCCGCGGGUCGCCGCGCAUCCGCAGCCCCGCGCCACUAGCUCUCAGACCCGGACCCCGCGCUCUGGCCGCCGACGCCGCUCCCGAACCCCCGAGCGCGUCCCCGCCACUCCGCGCGCGGCUCCCACGACCGGCGGCGGCUGUACCCGGCUGGACGCCGCGAGUGCGUGCGGGCCCCAGAUAUCCCUCCCCUCCCGACCCCGCCCCUGCCGCCCAGCCUACCCGGCUGCGCGCCCCCCGCCCCGCGCCCCCCGGCUCACCCCGAGCACAGCCUCCGUCCAUGGCCCCCGGCCUCCCUGGUGCCUGA